ACGGUCAAAGACUACAUACAUGAUACAGGAGAUGGUCAGAGACUGCAGACAUAAUAAAGGAGAUGGUCAGAGACUGCAGACAGACUACAGGAGGUGAUCAGAGACUGCAGACAUACUACAGGAGAUGGUCAGAGACUUCAGAUAUAGUACAGGAGAUGGUCAGAGACUUCAGAUAUAGUACAGGAGAUGGUCAGAGACUGCGGACAUACUACAGGAGAUGGUCAGAGAUUGCAGACAUAGUACAGGAGAUGGUGAGAGACAACAGACAUACUACAGGAGGUGGUCAGAGACUGCAGGCAUACUACAGGACA